AUGGAGAGAAGAGACCACGCUGGAAUGGCCAGGAAUGAAAAAGUUCUGAACUGCUCAUACCCAAACCCUGGUGCAAUUUUCAAGCUGAUUUGCUUUCCCUGGGCAGGAGGUGGCUCCUUUCACUUUGCCAAAUGGGGUCAAAGUAUGCAAGAUUUCGUGGAAGUGUACUCCAUAAGGCUGGCGGGAAGGGAAAGCCGCUUGGAAGAACCUAUAGCAAGUGACCCCGACCAGGUAGUUGAUGAAAUUGUUUGUGCUCUGCUACCAGUCAUCCAGGAUAAACCGUUUGCAUUUUUUGGCCACAGUAUGGGGUCCUAUACUGCUUUUCUGACUGCAGUACAACUGAAAAAAGAACACAAACUAGAACCGAUACAUUUAUUUCUGUCAAGUAGUUUUGCUCCUUAUGAAAAGAACUCUCGACUUGCCGAAUAUCAACAAAUGUCAGACGAGCAAGCCAGCGUGUUCCUUACGGAUAUCGGAGGCACUCCCAAGAAUUUAACUGACAACAAGGAACUUUUCAAACAAACUAUUUCCAAAAUGAGAGCAGAUGGAGAACUUUUUAAAAAGUACAUCUUUGAUAUUACAACUAUCUGGGGCAUUCUAACUUGUGACCUAACAUGCUUUCAGGGAUCUGAUGACACCAUUAUAAAAGAUAUGAAAGCCUGGGCAAAGAUAACCAGUGGAAAUACUGAUAUCCAUGUGCUUCCAGGAGACCACUUUUAUCUCAUGGAAACUUCCAAUGAGAACUUCAUCAAGAACUAUAUAACCAAGAGUCUAGAAUUUUCAAUGUUUGCCUGA